AUGAACCGGAAUUAUAGUAGAAGGGUCGCUGACUUCCACGAUGAACAUUGCUGCGCGGGUAAUGUCACCGGGAACUUCCGGCGCAGCUCUUCAUUGCGGCUGCGCGGGGAGAAAAUGGUGCAGCGCUCGCCUUUGGCAACCAGAAAAUUAAUACCAAUAAUCACGGAAAAUACACACCAAAAACAACGCAGCGAUGUGCCACGACUCCAAGAGCCUGGCCAUCGCCAGCGGAGCCAUUCAUUUAAUUCAAACCCUCUACAAAAGCCAAAAAAAUCCUGCUUGAAACCACAAGACAAUGGUUUAGAUAGGAAGUUGAGUAUGACUGAUUCUGCUCACACUCCACCUGGCUCUCCAGAAGAUCUCCCUGAUGAUGAAUCACUCCACAGUUAUGGAAGUGCUGCUACAGCUGCUUCAGUUGAUGCAGGCUAUGCACCAUUCAACGGCACAACAUUUAGUGGGAGAUCAAUGCGUUAUGUACUACAUUGCUCAUCACAUGCAGGACUUGCUGGAGAAGAAUACCUAACACCAACUCAGAGGGCACAAAAACAAAUACGGAGACUGAAAAACCUCUUGAACCAAGCCAAAAAAGAUUUGGAGAAAAAAGAUAGUGAAAUAUUCCAACUCACAAAAGAAGUUGUGGAACUGCGGCUUUACAAAGCAUCAAUAUGUUCACCCGAUGAAAAAUCUAACUCUAGUGAAAUAGUUACAAUAAGAGAAAAUGCUGAUGAAGCUUCCAUUGAACAUGACAGUCCAAAACAUGGAGAUGCUUGUAGAUCAUAUGACAUUACUGACAGCCCAUUGUUCAAAAAUGAAACACCAACCCGAUGUCGCAAUGAAAUGCAAGGUUCAUUCACUGACUCUGGACACUUUGACGACCUCACAAAUUCAUCUUUGCAUUCUAAAGAGUCCGUACACAUGUUGACACAUGAGGCGUCCUGUAUGACUGACGUAGGAGAUGGAGAUGAGGAACGUCGCAGUUUGAUAUCGUAUUAUGAGAAGAAGGUAGAAGAUGUUGUAAGAGCGCAUGUUGGAGAGACACAAGAAAUGAAAAAGCAGCAUAAUGAUAAAGUGGAAGCAUUGUUACAAAAGUUGGCCGAUGUCAACACCCGGUACUGUGAGUUACUGCCCAACUAUGAGCAAGCCAAGGAGAGGAUUCACUCACUGGAGAAGCAGCUGGAAGAAGUUAGCAAGCAGUUGCAGGAGGAGGAGGCCAGGCAUCGUCCAUCUACCUACAAAUGUACAACAAAGGGGUUGAGGCUGCCAAGUUUGAGCUAGAUAAGGAUAAUGAGCCUGGUACUUCACAGGGGCAAAUCAACCGUGUAUCUGUAGAGGAACUACUGGAGCAGUUGCAGAUAACUCAGACCGAGCUCGAGAAAGUUCGAGACACGGCAUUCACAGAGGACCGAUCAGCAAAGUCACAAGUACUGCUAAGUGCAAAGGAGGCUGUUUCUUUAUGGGUCCUAGGAGCUCGAAAGGCAAUGUACCGUCGCAUUGUCGAGUCGCAGAAGGGUAGCAAGACCAAUGUAGAUCCAGAAGUGACAUUGCAGUUCCUAAAAUCGGCCAUCUACUACUUCCUAACUGAUCCCGAGAAUCAUCAGGGACACCUUAAUGCCAUCGAGAACAUUCUUGGCUUCACUGACGCAGAAAAGAAGAAUAUACGCAAGGCGAGGACAUCGUAG